AUGCAUUCAAAUUUCAUUCUGCUGGUGAUUUUAACAAUUCUGAACGAUAGUUGCAUCAGUAUAAUGUACCCAAAUAUAACUCUCGAAAAACCGAUUGUUACAUGUGAACCGGAAGAAAUUCUAAUUCAGAUUCGAACGAGUAAAUCAGAUCCGUCUCAUAUCUAUGCGGGAGAUUAUAUUAGUGAUCCGAAUUGUUCCUCUAGAAGUACAAGUCAACUUACUUUAUCACUUGGCAAAUGUGGUAUGACGAUUGAGCAAACGAAAGAUCCGGCAUCAACUAUUUAUCGAAUUUGCAUAACCGUACAGUUACAUCCAUUUUUCAUCACUGAUAGUGAUCGUUCCUAUUGCAUACAAUGUGUUUACCGGAAUACAGGUAUCAUCGAUGAUCUUCAGCAAUCACUUUCAGUAAGCAAUUCGGCACCAUCUAUCUUGGAGCCACAAUUUAACUUUGUUGCACCAAGAUGUAGUUAUCAGAUCAGGCGGAAUUCAAUCGAUGGACCGCCUAUACGUUAUGCGUUACUUGGCGAAACUGUUUAUCAUGUUUGGAAAUGUUAUGGUGAAAACUUUCAAAUAUUGGUACAAAAUUGUUAUGUGGAAGAUGGCGAAGGGAAUCAUAUUCUAAUUAUCAGUAAUAAUGGGUGUGGUGUUGAUCAAUAUAUUCUGGAAACUCCUGUAUAUUCACUCGAUCGAAAAACAGCUUCACAAGAGAUGCAUGUUUUUAAGUUUGCUGGAAAAGCAAUAAGCCGUUUUAAAUGUCAAAUUCAAAUUUGUUCACCAUCAAACGAUAGUUGUCAUCCAUAUGUCCAAUGUGCAAGAAAUAAAGAGCGUGAUAUGGAGAGAAACAAGUCUACAGGUGAUACAGAGAGAAACAAGUCCACAGGUGAUACAAAGAAAAACACGUCCAUAGGUGGUGGUGAAUUUGCCUUGGGAUCAUCAAUAGCACCUGCUUCACAAGAAAUAUCAACAGAAACAACAACAAUAGCAAUAACAGCUGUUACAAAAUUACCGGAAGCAGAAGCGUUUUUCAUUUCGGCAACUGACGAUUAUGGAUUUUAUUUGGAGAGCGGUAAUGCAUUUCCACCAUCCAUACAACCACCAUUAUCGAGGAAUCGUGAAGAAGAAAUACAGGUAGAACCUAGCCCGUAUCAACGACGAGCAAAACGAAACUUCUUUACAAAAAGAGAUAUUACGCUGAAAACUUCGAAGAGUAACGAAGAUCAUUUCCCAUCAUAUGAUGUAAUUGGAGUGUUGACAGUUCUCGAGUCACCUAAUGAUGUUGCUUAUUUUGAAAGCAAAUAUCCAUUAGUUGGAACUCGUCACGGUAUUGCUAUUCGUGGUAUUACAAUUGCUAGAAAACGUUCUUUGAUGGAAUCUAUGCUGCAGUUCGUUUUCUUCGCUUUAAUAGGAAUUAUCGCUCUAUCAGCCAUCCUGAUAACAAUUACAAUUCCAUGCAACACCUGUCGAUGA